AUGCGAUACUUUGGUGCGGUUCUGUCACUUGCCAGCGUGGCAGCGGCGUCUUGUGAUGCGGAUAAUUGUCUGCGUGCGUUGAGAGCGACACAGGUUCCGGGCCAGCUUCAAACGGCUCAGGCGUUUUGUGCUACGUUCACGAAGACUUCGGUUCCGGCUACGGCUAUUCCUAGUUAUGCUGCGAAUAACUGCAAGGACAAUCAGAAUGCGCCGUUGAGCGCGAGGAUCUCGAGCGCGUGUAGUUGUAUUGCUCCGUCUACUACGUCUUCUGUUACCACGGCUACGCCUACUGCGACUGGGACUGGAAGUGCUUGUGCGCUUGUUAGCCAGCUUUCUGCUUCUCAAAAGGCUGCUUCGCCAUCUGCAACUCCCCAAGUUCCAGCAAGAUUAGCACAAGAAUGUCUCUCCUCGGUUCCAUUGGCGAAAGAUGCUGGACUUGCUCUUGUGGAUGCUCUAGUUCCAUACAUUGAGUGGCAAAGUGAUUUGGCAUGGUUGAAAGACCCUCCAUCCACUUAUUUCUACCCACCACAUGAUCCUCUGGGUUACCUUGCCAAGGUCAAGAGCAACCUCCAGAUCGGUGCAUAUGCCAAUGAGGAGGCUUUUGAAUUGGAUUUGUACAACGUCUUUGCUAAGGCACAUGAUGGACACUUCGUUUUCUAUCCUGAUACCUUGUCGAAUGGAUUGAGAUGGGUUCGACCAACUUCGUUGGUCUCUGUGAGUUUGGAUGGAAUUUCAGCUCCAAAGAUCUUUUUGAAGAACGAGAUCUCAGCUUCUCCAUCCAAGGCAUCAGCUAUCACCAAGAUCAAUGGAGUCGACGCAGUGAAAUAUCUCGAAGACUUUAUCUUUUCUGCUACUUUCAACCAAGAUGCCGAUGCUGGUUACAAUACCCUCUUCUACUCUAUUCCAUUUGCUGCUGCUGGAAUUCCUAACGGAUAUUUCUCUAGUGGAGGAAGAACUCGAUUCAUUUACCCAGGUGACAACACGACCUACACGUUCGAAAACGGAACCAGCUAUACCUUCGGCAACGUCGCCAAUGUCCUAGGAAACUGGGCCGGCGUUGUUGACGGUCCUUCAUUCUUCAAGAAAUUCGCUCCAGGAGCAGCAGCCGCUCUAACCAUUCAAGCUGAAGAAGCACCCUCCUCCCUUCAAGCCUCCGCAGCAGUCCCAGGCUAUCCAGAUGCAGAGCUGCUCCUGCCUGAUCUCUCCAUCGGUGGUUACUAUCUCAAUGGCACAGGCUUCGAGGAUGUCGCUGUUCUCACCUCCUUGUCAUUCGAGCCUGAUCUCCCAUCUGACUUCCAACAUCUCGCUGAGACCUUCUUUGCCGAAGCCAAAGCUGCUGGAAAGACCAAACUCGUGAUCGAUCUUUCAGUCAACGGCGGUGGCUACAUUCUCCAAGGAUACGAUCUCUUCCGUCAACUCUUCCCCUCCAUCGACCAAUUCGGAGCCUCCCGUCUGCGAGAAUCCGAGACCUUCAUCGAAGCUGCCCGCGCCUACUCUGACGCUGUCGGUGGUGACUUCGACCCAAACACUUCCCCUGAUGCAGACCUCAUCAAUAUCUACGAAACCUUCCUCAACUACCGCUACGAUCUCAACAUCACAAACCAAAACUUCACAUCAUUCGCUGCGAAAUUUGGUCCCGUCCCACUCCGCGGGGACGAAUUCACCGAGCUCAUCCGCUGGAACUUCAGCGACCCCAUCACCACCAUCAACGCCACAUGGGGUAUGGGAAUGGACAUCACCGGUUACCGAUCCCGCCAGAACUUCACGCAGCCAUUCGCCGCCGAAGACAUCAUCAUGCUCACCGACGGCUACUGCGCUUCCACCUGCACGCUCUUCGCCGAGUUCAUGCGUACCCAGGCAGGCGUGAAAUCCAUCGCCCUAGGCGGCCGUCCAGAAGUCCAACAAAUCCAAGCCGUCGGCGGUGUCAAAGGGGCUCAAAUCCUGAGCUUCGGAAGUAUCUUCUCCAUCGCGCAAACCGCCAUUCAAUACGCCGGAUCCAACCCCGUUGACGCGCUCAAGAAACUCUCCGCGCUUCCUGACAGACGAUCAGCCAGUAACGGGAUCAACAUCCGCGAUAACAUCCUCCCGGAUAACGUCAAUGACGGACUUCCCGCGCAGUUCAGUUAUGAGCCUGCGGAUUGUAGGUUGUAUUAUACGCCGGAGAUGAUUGGGGAUAUUACGGCGACGUGGAAGGCGGCUGCGAGUGCGGCGUUUAAGGGGGGGAAGUGUAAUUUUGGGGGAUUGGGGAAGAGGGGUGUGGAGAGACGGGUGCAAAGGCCGAGAAGUGCGAAGGUGGAUAAGAGUAAGAGGAGGGAGUAUAAGAGGGUUGAGGUUGUGAGGGAUAGACAUUGGUAUGUUAGACAUGGGAAGAAGGUUACCGAGGUUUAG